AUGAAUCAUCAUAAAAUCCUAGGAACUCGGCAAGAAAAGGAUUUCAUCAACAUCUUUCCCCCAUGGAAGUUGCUCAAAGUAAGGGAGAAGUUACGGGAGGUUAGGAGUGAUUUCAUCUCUAAGUACUCUGAAGCUGAGAUGAUAGAGGUUCAAUGCAUAUACAACCUAAUGCAAGUUGAGAUCUAUUGA